AUGGCCAGUGUCUUGCUGCCGGCAGUUCCCAAGCAACCAAUGCAAUUUGAGGCAUCGCCUCCGUCGCAGAUCUGGAAGGGAGACCAAGACGCUUUGAGGUUCCUCACGCGCCAGAACGGUCAGGUCACGUCCCUGUGGAAGGAGCUCUAUGAAGGGGACGGGAUGACCUGGGAGGUGAUGAUGAAGUUCCGCGAGAAGCCAAAGUCAAACACUGCCCUCAUGCAUACGUACGGAAAAAAGUUCAACGACAACACCUACAGCAGCUCCCACCGACGUCGUGCUGUGGGUAUCUUCGUGGGCCCAUCUGGCCAGCACCACAUAUUUGGUUGUGCGGGCAGCAACGUCCAUACCGGUGACAAAGGACCCGACUUGUGGGACGACAAGUGGCAUCACAUUGUCCUGGUGUUGUCGAAGUCCACCCAGCAGAUUACUUACUAUGUGGACGGCACAAAGAUUGCCAGCGCGAGUUAUAAUCCUGGCAGCAACAAUCCCGGAGUCGAUGGUGAGAUAUUCAUCGGUGGUGGAACGCUGGAACGCUACUAUGGCAGCGAGAUCAGCCGCUUCGCCAUUUGGGACCGCGCCUUGUCGGAGGCGGAGGUCACUGAUGCGAAGACAUGCAAGGCUGGCACCAACGGCCUGAAAGUUCUCUACACCCUUGAAACGGACUACAAG